AAAAAGGAAUUAAAAAUCAAGCUGAAACAGCUAGUGAUAAUAAAGAAAUAGAUGGUAAAAAAAAUAGUAAAAACAAUGAAGAAAAAGACAGUGAAAAGGAAAAUAGUGGAGAGGAAAAUAGUAAAGAAGAAGACAGUGAAGAAAAUAAUAAAGAAGACAAUAAAGAUAAUAAAGCAGUCAAUUAUGAUAAUAAAGAUAAUAAUACAUAUGAAGGCCCUUUUGUGUAUAUUGAUUAUUAUAGAGAAAUGAGAAUGCCAAUACUAUUCAAUAUUGGAAUCAGUUAUUACAAUACAUUUGGACAAUAG